AUGCAACAAAUAACGUCCUCAUUAUUAAGGUCAAUUUCAAAAAAGCUGCCCAAUAGAAUUUUGGCUCAAAGAAUAUUCAAAUGUGUGUUUAACUCAACUAUUGCUUUGAUAUUCUGCUUGAUACCCAAAGUUGUUGACGUAUUAGGUGAUGAACCUGCAAUGUUGCCGUUAAUUUCAGUCAUGGUUCACCCUGGAAGAAGAUUUGGUACAAUGAUAGAAGCUGUUAUAUUCUGUAUUUCCGGGCUUCUAUUAGGUAAUUCAUAUGCCCUGCUAGGUAGAUUCCUAGCUCAAAAGGCCCUCACUCCUGAGAAGCUCCAUUUGGUUGACAAAUUACAAAAAGUUGAGAAUUAUCAGAAUUACAGAACAGCCCUUGCCAUAUUGGCUGUGUUUGAAAUCAUUAUGCUGUUCUUUCAUGGUUGGAUGAGAAGUAUAUCUCACAAAUUCUUUGCAAUGGUUUUUCCAUUAUUUUUGGUGGUUCAUUUCACAUUUAUGGAUAAUCUGAAAACAGAUGCUGGAACGAUUGCUAAAAGUUUCACCAUCCCUUUCUUUUUGGGUAUUGCAAUAUCAUUAGCUUGCAACCUACUUAUUUUUCCAGAAUUUGGAUCUUCAUAUUUGGGUAGAUCAAUGAUAAUAACCUUAAAUGAAUUACACAGUACAAUAGACUCCACUGUCCAGUUCUUUAUAUCUGUUGGAAAUGACACUUCACUAUUCAAGGUUGAAUGCCCUUCGUUGGCCCAAUUAACAAAAAAGAAACAGUCUUUGAGAGCCAAGUUGAAUUCUACUCAAGCCGUUUUACAGGAGUGUAUGUAUGAAAUCUCGUAUUCAUAUCUUUCACCUGCUCAAUUGAGAAAUAUAAUUGAGGUUUUGAAGUCACAAUUGUCUUAUGUGAGUGCUUUGAUCAAUGCUUCACAACUAGAGUUCACAUUAUUGAACGACAACAGCACAACAGAAGGUGAAAAUGAUAAUAAAUUGCUAAUUACAGUCUUGGAAAGGGCUCGGAUUCCAAUUUUUGAGCUCCAAAAAGUCAUUUCGGAUAGUCUAUAUGUUAUCAAGGUUGGUAUUGCAAAAUCAUAUGACGUGGAUUUCUCUUCAAUUUCAAAAUCACCAAGUAUUGAACUACAAGAUUUUGAUCUCGAAUCUGAAGAUUUUGAUGCUAGAAUCAAUACGCUUGCAAGAGCAAUGGCUGAAUUUGAUAUUACUUUUAGAAAAGAACUUGAUAAUCUCAAUACAGAGUAUGAAGAUUAUCUUUCACCAAAUGAUGAUAUGUUUCUAUUAUCUUCAUUUUUGAUGAAUUUGAAAGAAACUGCAAAUGCUGUUUGUAAUAUCAUGAAAGAAACAAAAUUGAUUUAUGAGUAUCGUUUAACUCAAGAAAGAAAGGGUUUCUUUGGGAGAAAAGUUUGGUUUUCCUUUUUGACUUCUAGUGACCAGCUAAAAGGCUGGUUUUCAGCAAAUAGUAAUGAUCUUGCUAAUGCUAAUGAGACUGCAAGUUUGAAUGGUGAUACACAGUCCAAAAUUUAUCUCGGUGAUGAUGAUAGACCUCGUCGUAAAUCAAUGUCCACAGAAAAUGAAUUUUUCGAAAAUGUUGCUGCUAAGAGGAAACAAACAAUACACCACAAUUACUUUGAUAAGAUUAUUGUGAAUUCUCUAGCCUUUUAUGAAAAAUUUAAGCCUCAUUUUAGGUUUGGAAUCCAAAUUACUGUUGGUUUGAUGGUUGCUUCGUUCCCAAUGUUCAUACCAAAGUCAAGGGAAUGGUACGUUGAUAUUAGAGGAACUUGGAUUGGUUUCGUUUGUAUUCUUGUUCUUGAGCCGCAGGUUGGUAGUACUUUUUUUGUGUUCUUCUUGAGAGGUGUUGGUGUCAUAAGUGGAGCAGCUUGGGGAUAUUUGUCAUAUGUUGCUGCAAUAAAUCAGACAAAUCCAUAUUUGGAAACUAUUGUAACAAUUUUUGGUGCUAUUCCUGGAUAUUAUUAUUUUCUUGGUACUCCAUAUGUGAAAGCUGCUAUCAUUGGUAUCAUUUCUAUUUAUAUUGUGUUGUUGUCUUCAGCAUUGCCGUCUGAAAUUGGGGGUUCCAUUUUGCAGAAUUUUGGAAAAAGAUGUCUCGCCAUGAUUUAUGGUGGUGCUGUGGCUUUGAUCUGUCAGCUUAUCAUCUUCCCUAUAAAAGCGAGAGAUGAGUUGAUUUAUGAGGUUUCAGAUGCUAUUGGAAUGAUUGCCAAGCUGCAAUUGAUUUAUGCAGUUGGUUUAAAUGGUGAAGAUUCAAAACUUAGUAUGACUGAAGAGAGAUAUGAAAACUACAAAAAGCUAUCAGCCACUGCAAAGUCCGCAUUAACAAGAGCAGAUGCUUACAGAGGAAGUGCAAGAAAGGAACCAAGGUUGAAAGGAAAUUAUCAAGACAUUGAACGUGUUUUUUAUGAGAUCAUUUUCAUUCUCAGAGAAGUACUAGAUAGAAUGGACAAUAUUGUAUUGUUGAGAAAAGUUUAUGGUUCAGCUAUUAUUGAAGAAUUUAAUUCCACUGUUUUCCCUUAUCGAAGACAAGUUACAGCUUCAAUCAACAAUAACUUGAGAGCAGUUCAAUGCGCCUUGAUGACCAAAGCUCCGCUUCCUCAAUACUUACCAAGCUCCAAAAUUGCGCAACAAAGGUUAAUAAAAAAGGUUACAGAAGUUGUUCAAGAAAAAUAUCCAAUUAUUAAAAAAGAAAAUAAUGAAUCUUCAGAUAGCGAGGGUGAUUCUCAAAUUUUUGUUGAAUUCCGUGGUCAUGGUCAUAGACCCGAUAGCUCUCAUCGAGAACAUCUUUUGAAAGAAAAGUUUUUGAGUUGGAAUGCUUCAAGCUCAGCAACUGAAGAAGUUAUUGACUAUCUGGAAGAGCUCGUUGAACUGAUUAAAGUACUUGUUGGUGUUCAUGAGUUCAAGUAUGGGUUCUUGAGUCGCUCCUUGUAUUCAGAUUAUGCUGCCAAAGCCGCAAGGGGAUAUAAAGAUAUGGUUACAGGUCAUGAAGAUGAAGACAAAGGUAAUGCAACAACUCCAGUGGAAGACGAGGAUGAUAUUAAUGACUCGGCAUCAUCUGUUGAAGAAUAUGAUGUAAAUCCAAUUGCGUUAGUGAAUACAGGCGUAUCGUCGAAAUCCAGGAAAUCCGUUGAUAGCAAUGCUACUAAGUUGUCAAAUGGAUUCAGAAAAAGAGUCUAUUCAAUAGGCUCUUGGGUUCGUGGUGAUUUGACUAGAACCAAAUCCCUUGGGCAAUACACUGAUGGUGAGAUAGAAGGUGACGAAGAUAAUGAACUACCCUUGUCAUUGAUGAGAGUUGUCAGUAAGAAAAGUACAAUAGGGAAAUAA